UGUUUGAUGACUUACCACCUUAACAUUUUCUUCUUCUCUCUCCUCUAACUCCCACCUUCUUUCUAGCUUCUGUUGUGUUUUUCACUAUUUUGUUUGAAUUAAAAAUUAAUGUAAAUUAAACUUUUUUUUUAUAUUUAUUUGAUGGUAGUACAAGAAACCCAAAAGUUUGAAGAAAAAAACCCUAUAAAAAAGAGAGAAAGAUUUGAUUUUUAAGGGGAAAAUAGUUGAAGAAAUUCUAUGAAUUUUUGGAGAUUUUUGGGAAUUUGUUGUUUUUUUGUUGGGUGGUUUUCAAGUGGGGUUUAUGGCGGUGACAUAGUUCAUGAAGAUAAUAAAGCUCCCAAGAAGCCUGGCUGUGAAAACAAUUUUGUCCUGGUUAAGGUGCCAACAUGGGUUGAUGGAUUUGAGGAUAAUGAGUAUGUGGGACUCGGUGCUCGAUUUGGGCCAACACUGGAGUCGAAGGAAAAGCAUGCCAACCAAACAAGACUCGCUCUGGCAGACCCUCCGGAUUGUUGCAGUCCUCCCAGAAAUAAGCUUACUGGUGAAGCUAUACUAGUAUACCGUGGUAAUUGCAGUUUUACUACAAAGACAAACAUUGCAGAAGAUGCUGGUGCUUCAGCUAUCCUUAUUGUAAACAAUAGCACAGAACUCUUCAAAAUGGUCUGCGAGGAGGAUGCUGAUACAAAUAUCCGCAUUCCUGCUGUCAUGUUACCAAUAUAUGCUGGUGAAACCUUGGAAGAUCUAUUGUACAACAAUUCUAGGGUUUAUGUGCAGCUGUACUCUCCAAAGCGCCCAGAAGUUGAUGUGGCAGAAGUUUUUCUGUGGCUCAUGGCUGUCGGCACUAUUUUAUGUGCGUCUUAUUGGUCCGCAUGGAAUGCAAGGGAGACAGCUAUUGAACAUGAUAAGAUGUUAAAGGAUGCAUCAGAGGAGGUUGCAGUUUCUGAAGAAAAUGGUUCAUCUGCAUUUGUAGAUAUCAGUACCAGAUCAGCAUUUCUUUUCGUUGUGGUUGCUUCAUUGUUUUUGGUUAUGCUGUACAAACUUAUGUCACUCUGGUUUAUCGAUGUUCUGGUGGUUCUGUUUUGCAUUGGUGGAGCAGAGGGUUUGCAAACGUGCUUGGUAGCGUUGCUAUCAAGUUUCAGGUGCUUUAAACAUGCUGCCGGAACAUUUAUUAAAGUGCCCAUCUUUGGAGCAGUCUCAUAUCUGGCUAUGGCUGUUUCUCCGUUCUGCAUAGUAUGUGCUGUUCUUUGGGGUGUUUACCGCCGGGAGCCCUUUGCAUGGAUUGGUCAAGAUAUUCUUGGUAUUGCGUUAAUUCUCACUGUACUUCAGAUUGUGCGUGUACCAAAUCUCAAGGUUGGCACAGUUCUUCUCAGUUGUGCGUUCUUUUAUGACAUAUUUUGGGUCUUCGCUUCCAAGUGGUUCUUCCAUGAGAGUGUUAUGAUUGUGGUUGCUCGUGGUGAUAAUAGUGGGGAAGAUGGAAUUCCAAUGCUGUUGAAGAUACCAAGGAUGUUUGACCCGUGGGGUGGUUACAGUGUCAUUGGAUUUGGGGACAUCAUCUUGCCAGGAUUAGUAAUAGCCUUCUCAUUAAGAUAUGACUGGCUGGGGAACAAGAGAAUUCGAGCUGGAUACUUUUUGUGGGGAAUGACUGCUUAUGGUUUUGGUCUCCUUGUAACGUAUGUUGCUUUGAACUUGAUGGACGGACAUGGCCAGCCAGCUCUCCUCUACAUAGUUCCUUUUACGCUUGGCACAUUCUUGACACUUGCUAAAAAAAGAGGUGAUCUUAAGAAUCUAUGGACAAGGGGAGAACCCGAUAGACCUUGUCCGCAUGUCCGGCUUCAUUCGUCUCAAUAGCGGGUAUUACUUAGGGUGUAACAUCAACUAUCAGGACUGUUAGAGGGGAUAAAAUCCCUGUGUAAGUUGUAGGAGAUGUAACAUAAUGUUUGGUAUAGUUUUGAUACUUUACCAUUGCCCCAGGGUUAUGUAGUUACCCAGAUAUAGUAGAGAAUUAUCUUUUGCCCUCUUUUUACACUUUUUAUAGUUAUGUUUAUUCAUGGGCGAUGCUAUCUGCACGCCUCCAAAGCCUUCAUGCACUCCCAUCUGUAAGCGCAGAUAUUCGACACAAUGCUGUUACAUACCGGAGUAGAAGAAGACUUUUCUGGGGUGCAGAUAGAAGUUCCUUCAUUCAUAUGUUUUGAUUCUUUCCUGGUAUUUUGUCCCAUGCUCCUUGGAAACUAUGUAAUGCGAGCACCUGCGUGAGUUGAUGUUUGAGAAACGCGUUGUGUAUUGUAUUGAUCAGUUAGUUUUCUCAUUCUAUAGCUAGUUAGUCAUAAGCAUCUCAUGUUGUUGUCUACAACUUGUUCAACAAAUGAUGGUGAAAGUGAAGUAAAGAUUACUUUUUGUGUUGAUAA